AUGGUCGUGCGACGUUUGGACGCAUCAUCACAUGAAGCAUGGGAAUUAUGUCGUAGUUCAUCCAAAAAGCCAGCAACAUUUUCUGAACUGGAAAUUUUUCUCAGUGGCCGCAUUCAAGCCCUAGAAAGUGUAGAGUCUAGGGGUGGUUUAACAAAAGUUCCCAAAAAAUCAGCAGCUCACACACAUGUAUCUACAUCUGCAUAUCAAAAACGUCCUGUUGAGGUUCCAAAUAAAUUACCUUUACAAACAAAUAAUUAUUCUUGUUCUCUUUGCAGCUCAAAUCAUUAUAUUUCGAGCUGUGAUAUCUAUAAUGUUCAAGUAUUCCAAUGUCGUGUAGAUCAUAACCUCGAUGAGUUGUUACAACGUUUUUGGACGCAAGAAGAAGGAAAAACCAAAUCAUCUAUUUUGUCUCCGGAAGAGAAAGAAUGUGAGGCCCACUUUCAAGCCACCUACCGGAGAGACUCAUCAGGCAGAUAUAUUGUCAGAUUGCCGUUCAAAAGUUCACCUAAUACUCUUGGCGAUUCUCGUAAAGAAGCAGAACGAAUGCUUGCAAAGUUGUAUCAGAAAUCAGAAUCUAAUCCUCAGUUUUUUAAACUCUACUCAGAUUUUCUUAAGGAAUAUGAAUCUUUGGGUCACAUGGUUCCAUCAUCUCAGGCUACAAUUCCUACAACAGAAUACUUUCUUCCACAUCAUGGAGUUCUUAGGGAGUCUAGUACAACAACUAAACUGAGAGUUGUAUUUAAUGGAUCAUGCAAGACAAGCAGCGGUCUCUCAUUAAACGAUAUUUUACACACUGGGCCCAAGCUUCAGUUAGAGAUUUCUGAUGUGAUCACAAGAUGGCGUCAAUAUCGGUAUGUUUUUUCAGCCGAUAUUGAGAAAAUGUUUAGACAAGUAAUGGUGGAUUCACGUGACUGGGCAUACCAACAAAUCCUUUGGACAUCAUCUCAAUCAUCAAGCGUGGUACCCUAUCAUCUCACUACAGUUACAUAUGGUCUUGGACCCGCGCCUUAUCUUUCAAAUCGAGUAUUAAAACAACUUGCAACAGAUGAAGGUUCUAUCUAUCCUUUAGCUGUCGAUAUUUUGAAUAAUAUCACUUAUGUAGAUGAUACAUUUGGUGGAGCAGAUUCUAUAGAAGAAGCUCAAAGUGCAGUAAUUCAACUGGAUAAACUCUGCAUGGCGGGCGGUUUUCAUUUGCAAAAAUGGACAGCUAAUAAUUCUAACGUUCUUUCUACCAUUACACCAGAACGAUGUGCAAUCAAACAAGUGAUUCAACUUCAAGAAACCCAAUAUAUUUCUACACUGGGUAUCUGCUGGCAACCAGAAGAAGAUUGUUUUGUUUUUUCAUCGCCAUUUUCAUCCACAUCUUCCAGCACACCUACGAAACGUUCAAUACUGUCAAAUAUAUCACGCUUCUUUGACCCCCUUGGUUGGAUUUCUCCAGUAACAAUACAAGCAAAAAUAUUAAUGCAAGAUAUUUGGCUAUCGAAAUCAGACUGGGAUGAAGUGGUUAAUGAAGAUUUGGCGGCUAGAUGGUCAAAAAUUCAUCAACGAUUUAAAUAA